AUGAAGCUCUGCGCACUGUCGUGCGUCUGCCUCUUCAUCGUAUGAAGGCAUGUUCGUCAGUGGCCUGAAGGGGGUCCCGGACCAGCGCUUCCACCUAACAAUUUUCAACCAGGAGGCGGUUUUCAACCUGGCGGCGGUCCUGGUCCUGUGAUUCCACGGAAUAAUUUUGAACCUGGCGGCGGACCAGGUCCCGUGAUUCCACCGAACAAUUUUCAACCAGGAGGAGGUUUUCAACCUGGCGGAGGACCUGGUCCCGUGAUUCAACCGAACAAUUUUCCACCUGAAGGAGGUCCUGGUCCGGCGCUUCCUCCGCAGGGCAUCCAACCAUUCGGAGGUGAAGGCAUGCCAUUUGGCCAAGGACCCGGUCCGGCCUUGCCACAAGGACAACCUCCUAUUGAAGGAGGCCCAGGUCCAGUUGUCGGUGGAUUCUAA